UCUGCUCCCCCGGGUCGUAGUCCCCCAGAGCUGCGUGCAGGCUUGCAGCGCGAAAUCGAGCGGUGAGCGCGGAGUCCGCACAGUCCUCCGGGCGCCCUGCGUCGCGGCGCUCCAGCAGCCCUGCCGCCAGCUUUCCAGACCCCCGUGCGUCGUCGAGCGGAGCUAGCGUCCCAGGACGAGCUCGGGCCCCGUCCACCUCGAGCUUCCCAGGCUCCGCUGCCUCCUGCCCCCGAGGGUCGCGUGCUCAAAAUGCCGCAGGGCCCCGGCUCGCUGCUGCUGCUCGUGCUCGCCUCGCACUGCUGUUUGGGCUCGGCGCGCGGGCUCAUCUUCGGCCAGCCCGACUUCUCCUACAAGCGCAGCAAUUGCAAGCCCAUCCCCGCCAACCUGCAGCUGUGCCACGGUAUAGAGUACCAAAACAUGCGGCUGCCCAACCUGCUGGGCCACGAGACCAUGAAGGAGGUGCUGGAGCAGGCGGGCGCCUGGAUCCCGCUAGUCAUGAAGCAGUGCCACCCGGACACCAAGAAGUUUCUGUGCUCACUCUUCGCCCCCGUCUGCCUCGAUGAUCUGGACGAAACCAUCCAGCCGUGCCACUCGCUUUGCGUGCAGGUGAAGGACCGCUGCGCUCCGGUCAUGUCCGCCUUCGGCUUCCCCUGGCCGGACAUGCUCGAGUGCGACCGCUUCCCCCAGGACAACGACCUCUGCAUCCCCCUCGCUAGUAGCGACCACCUCCUACCGGCCACCGAGGAAGCCCCAAAGGUCUGUGAAGCCUGCAAAAAUAAAAACGAGGAUGACAACGACAUAAUGGAAACUCUUUGUAAAAAUGAUUUUGCGCUGAAAAUAAAAGUGAAGGAGAUAACCUACAUCAACAGAGAUACCAAGAUCAUCCUGGAGACAAAGAGCAAGACCAUUUACAAGCUGAAUGGUGUGUCCGAAAGGGAUCUGAAGAAAUCGGUGCUGUGGCUCAAAGACAGCUUGCAGUGCACCUGCGAGGAGAUGAAUGACAUCAACGCACCCUACCUAGUCAUGGGCCAGAAACUGGGCGGGGAGCUGGUGAUCACCUCGGUGAAGCGAUGGCAGAAGGGGCAGAGAGAGUUCAAGCGCAUCUCGCGCAGCAUCCGCAAGCUGCAGUGCUAGUUCUGGUGCCCAGGUUGCUGCCUGCAGGCCAGCUCCAGGGCUCAGCUGACCAUUUCUGCUGCGGGACCUCAGCUCUCGUUUCCCAAGCACAGAACCUGCAUCUCCAGCCCCAGCCUGGAGCAGAUUCCCCUGCCUUUUGCACAUUUGCACCCACAGCAUUUCCUGAGUUAUAGGGCCCUAGGUGGCCUCAGGAAUGGAUAGCUGUUUUGACAUAAAGGAAAAACCCACCCAGUUCUUGGAGAAAUGUUCAAACUAAUAAAGUCAUGAAUAUUUUUAUGAAGAUUUAAAACAGCUCACGUUAGUUUUGAUUAGGUGCAACUGUGACUUGGGCCUGAUUUGUAUUUUUCCUGUUUGGUUUGGAUGAACUGAUGUUCACUUUCUGCUGAGGUUGCCAUCACAUACAAAUAGCUUCAUUUUUCUAUGUGGCCCAAACUGUUGUGGGGCACAAACCCCGUUGAGAUAAAGCUGGCUGUUAUCUCAACAUUUCUCAGCUCUAGCCUGAGACUCAGUGCCUAAGUCUUAUAACGAUUCAUUUGUCAUUUUACACCCUCAUGGGGAACUUAACAACUGUAGCAUAUAUUGCAUUUCCCGGUAGAAUACUUCCAUUUAUAAGAAGCACAUUAACCAUCAUAGCAUGAUUUCCUCAAAUAAAGGGCAGGACAAAUUUUAUAAUUGAUCUGAGUACUUAAGCUUUGUUUAAAACAUUUUUUACUUAAUUUUGCAAAUUAAACCAUUGUAGCUUACCUGUAAUAUACAUAGUAGUUGACCUUAAAAAGUUGUAAAAAUAUUGCUUUAACCAAACACUGUAAAUAUUUCAGAUAAACAUUAUAUUCUUGUAUAUAAACUUUACAUCCUGUUUUACCUA